AUUUAUCACCUUGACUUCACUUAAGGCAAGCAAGAAAGAUGCCUAGGGAGAUUAUCACAAUCCAAGCCGGCCAAUGCGGCAAUAACGUUGGUAGUCAGUUUUGGCAACAGCUAUGUCUCGAGCACGGAAUUAGUCAGGAUGGAAACUUGGAGGAGUUUGCGACAGAAGGCGGCGAUCGCAAGGAUGUCUUCUUCUACCAGAGUGAUGAUACACGAUAUAUUCCCCGGGCAAUUCUGCUAGACCUGGAACCGAGGGUCCUGAACGGCAUUCAAUCCGGUCCAUACAAAAACAUCUACAAUCCAGAAAACUUCUUUAUCGGGCAACAGGGUAUCGGUGCUGGUAAUAAUUGGGGUGCUGGAUAUGCAGCCGGUGAGGUCGUCCAGGAGGAGGUCUUCGACAUGAUUGACCGGGAGGCGGAUGGAAGUGACUCUCUAGAGGGCUUCAUGUUUUUGCACUCGAUCGCUGGAGGAACUGGUUCAGGGCUGGGAAGUUUCCUUCUAGAACGCAUGAACGACCGAUUUCCGAAGAAGUUGAUACAGACAUAUUCUGUCUUCCCGGAUACCCAAGCUGCAGAUGUCGUGGUCAACCCGUAUAACAGUCUUCUUGCCAUGCGACGGUUAACGCAGAACGCCGACUCUGUUGUUGUUCUAGAUAACGCCGCAUUGUCGAGAAUUGUUGCGGACAGAUUACACGUGCAAGAACCUUCCUUCCAGCAGACGAACCGCCUCGUGUCUACUGUUAUGUCUGCUUCCACCACCACGCUCCGAUACCCCGGUUAUAUGCAUAAUGACCUCGUCGGGAUCAUCGCAUCCCUCAUUCCCACGCCGCGCAGCCAUUUCCUACUCACCUCAUACACGCCUUUUACGGGAGAUAAUAUCGAUCAGGCCAAGACGGUCCGAAAAACAACCGUUCUGGAUGUCAUGCGCCGUCUGCUGCAGCCCAAGAACCGGAUGGUCUCGAUCAACCCCAGCAAGUCCAGCUGCUACAUUAGUAUCCUCAACAUAAUUCAGGGUGAGGCGGACCCAACGGACGUGCACAAAUCGCUGCUCCGUAUUCGCGAACGACGCCUAGCGUCGUUUAUACCUUGGGGUCCUGCUAGUAUUCAGGUGGCCUUAACGAAAAAAUCUCCAUACAUUCAAAACACACACCGAGUCAGUGGCUUGAUGCUGGCAAACCACACCUCUGUUGCCACAUUAUUUAAGCGAAUCGUUCAACAAUACGACCGUCUGCGAAAACGAAAUGCUUUCCUAGAACAAUACAAGAAGGAAGCUCCAUUCCAAGACGGCCUCGAUGAAUUUGAUGAAGCUCGCGCAGUGGUAAUGGAUCUUGUUGGGGAGUAUGAGGCGGCAGAACGAGAAAACUACCUCGACCCAGAUGCGGGAAAGGAUGAAGUUGGAGUAUAA